AUUAUUCGCAUGAGCUUAAAGCGAAGAUAUAUUGAGCUGUGUUUGCAAGGAGAGGCCUCGGUGGAGACUCUGGGAAUCCGCUGAAGACGGCCCCACUGCCUCAGCUUCUCGAUGGGUGAAUCAGGCUCACGUCGCUCAACACUGGUUUCCCGCCUACCAAUCUUUCGCCGCAGCAGCAGUAAGAGGCAGGAAUCUCUCCCCUCCUCUCCUUCUUCGGGUGGUGUGGGAAAUGGCGUUCACACCUCAUCGCCCUCCAGCACCAACUCCAGUUCAGGCAGUACCGGGAAACGCCGGAGCCUUUUCCGCACUCCAUCGCUUAGUUUCACAGCUAAGCGAAACAGUCAUCCACGUGUCCAGCCAAUCAACCUAAACCUCACGCCUCCUUUGUCACAGAGCACAGAUGCAAACGGAAACAACCAACAGACAAUAACGACGUCAUUUUCAACAGGGUUCAGUGAAGGUGGCGGACGUCCCAAGUCACGCCACUCGUUUGGGUUUGGAAGCCACAAGCACAAGAAAAUCACGCGUUCUCAGACAGAGGAUUUUGACAAAGCGUCCUCUUCCUCUUCCACAGCCAAUCGAAAUGUGUUCAUCAACUGCAUCAGCAGCUCAGGGGCCAAUGAGGGUGACGAUUCUGGGUUCCUCGAAGACUACAGUGGUGGGAGUAACAACAACAAACAGUCAUCACGCCAGAAGAAGCAGCUGCUGCCUAAAUCUUUCUCAGCUCACCACCGCUUCUCCAGGAACUCUGAUCACCACAGACCUCCAGAAGUGAAUUUGGAACCUCCAAGCUCCACCACCAUUACACAUGGGGCAGGAGGGCUCACCCCGGGGUCAUUGCCAGGGGAGCUGCUUGGAGCUGGUGGUGAGAGUUCACUCCAGUCCCCUAUGAUAUCAGAGGACCGAACCACAGCCAUCACCCCUUCAGAGUUCAUUGCCAUCACAGAAGAUUCUGUAUCUGAGGUGGAUGCUCUGCCAGCUCCCAGCCCCGGAUCUGGUUUAGCCCCAGGGACUGCCUUAGUAGCUGGGCCAGCUACAGACACAGCUUCCCCUGAACUUCCACCUGCCCCAGAGAACUUCAGCGUGGCUGUCUCUACCUCGCAGGUUUUCUUCACUCCAGCCGAGUCCAGUGCCGAAAAACCGUUACUCCCCGACACCAGCACAGCCAACAACACAGAUUAUGAGACUGCCAUUUCCCUCUCAGAACCCGAGACAGCUGUACCCUGCGUACCCUUACAGGAACAAUCACUGGAAGAGAGGAAGGAGAGGGAGGAGGAGAGACAGGAAGUGAGGGAAGAGGUAUCAGCAGAGGAGAGGAAGGAGUUGGUGGAAGAGAGGAAGGCAGGUUACCACACGGAGACCACAAGUGAGAGCGAGGCGUGCGUGGUGCACAGCGAGGGUUGUCACUCUAACCCAGAGCAAUCGGAAAGGAAGACGAGAAAGACGCUCUCUGUUCAAGAAAGAGGACAUUUCUGCGGCCGCCAUGAACCCAGGUCCUCUCACUUGAGGAAGCCACACACAGCCUCUAUGUGUAGCAGUGUUAGCCCGUACCAUGAGGUAAUGCGGUUGGAAAGGCGUCUGCGGUCCUCAUCUGAGGGGGCUGGUGGUCCUCGUAUCCAUGGAAACCACAGAGAUGCCCCAGGCAUGGAGGGAUGUGGUCUGCUAAAACACAGGAACAACUCAUCAUCAUCUAAACUAGGAAGUCUGGAUGUCCUAAACAAUCUGGGCUCCUCUGAGCUGGAUGAAGAUGAUCUCAUGUUAGACCUGGACCUCUCUGACGAUCAGCGACAUCGACAUGUGUCCAGAGAAGACUCCAGCCAAUCCCUAGCUUCCUGUCUCAACCUGCUUCCCUCCCCCAUGGAACCACCAGGAGAUCGCAUCCCAGGGAAAGACAACAGCCAGAGGGAGCCCAGCCGUCCGACCAGCCUGCUGCCUGCUGACUGGAGCUCAGGACUGGGUUUGGGGAGGGAAGAUGAGCCUUUACCUGCAGGGCUAGAGACCCUGCCACUCAGAUUGAUGCAGCAGGACUGCACUGCUGUCAAAACCCUGCUUUUAAGACUGAGGCGGACACUGCAGGAGAGCGCAGAGACAAGUCCUGCCAGCAGCCUACAGUCUCUACCCAUUAGCCCUUGCAGUGAAAAGUCCCUCCCAUUUAAGGAUCCUGGGAGAGAGGAGGCCUUGCUGCAACAACUGAGAGAAAAAGACGAGCUGAUUCUCAGACUCCAGAGUGAACUGGAGAGUGCCAAAGCUGCCCUGAAGAUGAAAGACUGCCAAAUGACUGACCGCACAACACAGACAGAAAACAUGGGGCCAGAGACCAACCAUCCAGGCCGGUGGUCAGGACUAGGCAGCAGCAGCAUCAACCUCCCUCCAAGGGACCGAAGGGUAAUGCGGGGAGUGGGGGCAGCACUCGGAGGGGACCUCUCUAACCAGCACUUCACCCACCACUAUCCACCUCUGCACAACCGGCCGCUCGCUUCUGACCGGCACACUGCCAGGGAGGAGCGCCACUGCCAAGGAGUCUUGGCACAGUCCUCAGCCCGUAACCCUGCUCCAAAUCUGGCUCCUGUCUUCUCCAACCUGUCCUCAACCACCUCUGCAGUGACAGCUCAAGCCUCACCGAGUACUCCGGCCCAGCUUCAAGUUUCACACCCAGGCCCGAGUUCAAAUCAAUGCCCCGGCCCCGGUUCGGCACCCGCUAAUCACACCACAAUUCCAUCCCUAUCCUCCAGGCAGCCAGAGGGGGUGUCCUCCUCGUCUGAGUCCUUGACUCCAGGAGGAGGAGGAGGGGUGAGGAGAGGAGGAGAGCAUCAUCCCCCCAGCCAUAUCCCCCGUGCGGUCGGGGCCAGUGCCUCCUCAAGCCUCCACAGUGUUGCAAGCAGAGGGAGCCCCUCUCCGAGCUUUUCAUUGUCAGACCAAGCCUCUCCCCCACCUCCUACUCCUUCCUCAGCCUCUUCUUCCUCCUCCUCAUCCUCCACGUUUACGGGUCGUUUAGGACAACCACCUCGAGGCCCUCUGUCACUGCAUAGUUACAGCCGUAAAAAUGUCUUCCUCCAGCAUUCCAUUCAUACUGCUGAACUGCAAGCUCUGACACAGAGAGACAGUUGAG